CUUUUGCAUGGAUCGGUACAGAAACUAAACAAUAACUCUUCUAGUUUAUUGAAACUUUUAGUCGUUGAUAAUAGUCCAUAACUAUGGUCUGGUUCAGGAUUUAUUGAAGGGGUGACUGUUUCAUGCGAUCCCGUUCACCCUCAUAUUUUUUCUGUGAUUCUUGUUGAAGUGUGUUUCUACUUCCUCGAUUCAAAUGGGCGUGGCUUUGACUGAACAGCAGAGGGGAGGUCGUCGUUAACGUAGGAGACGGUACCGGAAGAAUCUGACAAAAUGGCUUCAUCAAACUUAACAAAAACCUUGGGGAAGGAUGAAGACACAGACAAACAGACUCCGGGUAGAAGAAGAAACUCCAAAGGUGAAGGUCCAAACAUGUCUGUGACCAGGAUUGUGCUGGUGGGGAAGACAGGCGCUGGGAAAAGCUCUUCAGGAAACACCAUUCUGGGGAGGAAGGCUUUCAGAGAUGCCAAAUCUAGCAAAUCUGUGACACAAGAGUGUUGCAAGGAGACAGGAGAGGUGGCAGGGAGACAGGUAGUGAUAGUGGACACACCUGGUAUAUUUGACACUAACCGUCCUGACAGUGACUUGAAGACAGAGAUCAGUAAAUGUAUCAACAUGACGUCACCUGGUCCCCACGCAAUCGUAUUGGUCUUAGAUGUGGGCCCUUUCACAGAAGAGGAACAGAACGCGGUAAAGAAAAUCAGGGCGCUGUUUGGAGAAGAAGCUGAAAGGUAUACCAUGAUCCUCUUCACCCAUGGAGAUGAGUUGGAUGAUGGCGGCAUUGAGCGGUAUGUCCAUGAAGCUCAGGAAGAUCUCAAGACACUUGUGGACCAGUGUGGUGGAAGGUACCAUGUUUUUGACAACACCAAGGUGGAAAACAGGGGACAAGUGCUGGAUUUCCUGAAGAAAAUUGACCACAUGGUGGCAGUAAAUGGCCAAGACCACUACACCAACAACAUGUACGAGGAGGUGGAGAGAAAGAUUUGUCACAAGAAGGAAGAGUUGAGGAAGCGUUAUGAAGAAGAGCUACGGAAGCUACAAGACCAAGAGAACCAACUGCCUCUCGAAUACCAGGAGGAAAGUAAGACUCUACGGGAAGACAUUGAGGCGCUAAAGGAGUCACUUCAAGACAAAGAAAAUAAACUUAAAGACUUGAAAUCUCUGGAGCAAAACAGGGUCCCGUGGAUCGUUGAACAUAUACUUUAUUAUGAGAUGAAGUUGAGGGCUGUGAGAGAGGAAGCAGAACAAAUACAACUUAACAAAGAAAUAUCAACAGACGUUUGUAGCAAGUUACAAGACCUCCAUCUCACACAAUCAAGUGUUGAAUGAUUAACAUUGGAGGGGUUGUGUGUAAACAUGUGAAAACGGUUCAACAUCAAAACUCUCUGCUUUAAUCUGAGGAAGAAUUCAAGCAAGAUGCUUUCUUUUGAAACCCUUAAAUAGACCUAAAAGGGGAAAUCUGGGAUCGGUACAGUACAUACAUUUGUGGACUUUUAAAUGAAUCAAUAUAACCAUUCAUUCUUGAAGAAUACAUCUUAUAAAUGCUUCAUGAACUUGGUUCAAUUGUUAUGUUUUAAAUAUGUUUAUUGUGAAGCAUUAUCAUACAGUAUACAAUCUGAGCCUGUAUUUUUAACAUAUAAAACAACAAACGCAAGAGGAGUAAACAAGAGGAGUAAACAAGAGGAGUAAACAAGAGGAGUAAACAAGAGGAGUAAACAAGAGGAGUAAACAAGAUGAGUACAUUUUUUUAAAAACAGCAUGAAAAUAAAAGUUGAAGGAAACACGUUGAAUUAAGACACGUCAGCUUAGUUUAAAUGUUUGUACUCAACCAGAACCCAAAAUAACAGCUUGUGCUCACUAAUGGUUUCUUAUUGAUUUCAGUUUCAAUGAAAAGGUCCAGCAGAUAGAAGGCUAUUUGUCUGCACUCUGAGUUUAAAAAUAACUAAACAUUUCUAUGUACAUUUUUUAUGAUGUUUUUACUUUGGUAUUGUGACUAAUAUAUUAAAAUGUCAUUUUUAUUUCUUAGUCUUCUAUUUCUAUUGUUAUUGACUCUGUAUAAAUAUUCAAAAAAGCAUAACAAAAAAAUUGGGGAACUGAGGGAAUUGUGCAAAUUGAUUUGGUUUGAUCAGAGGGAAAAUAUGAAAUGUUUGUAAUUUUGAAUUGAAUGAAUACCUUUUUAUAUUUCAGAUCAAACAUACACCAAUUUGUCAUGAUUUACAGGUCUGCAAAUUCAGAUAAAUUGAUAUUUUUUAUUAAACAAAUAGGGUAGG